AAUCUUCUUUGCAAGGAACAAAAAACAGAGAACUAACUCAAAUCUAAAAGUCCUCUCCAAAAUCACUCAAAAAAAAUGAUGAGCUUUAAUUGGUAUGGUAAAAAGCUACAACAUCUUUGUAGUGGCCCAACCAUGAAACUCUGUUCUUGUUGCAGAUCAACUUGUUUCAUUGUUUCUUCCAUUUACCACUCCAUUCUCUUCAAGAUUAAUCCAAUCCUUGCCCAAAUUCUCUACUUCAUUCUCUUGUCCUCCUUUGGGUUCUUGAUUCUCAAAGCCCUUAACCCAAGAACCAUGUUCCGGCCUAGGAAUAUCGACUUGUUUUUCACCUCCGUCUCGGCGGCCACCGUCUCCAGCAUGUCCACGGUGGAGAUGGAGGUGUUUUCCGACGGCCAGCUCAUAGUGAUGACGGUGCUGAUGUUCAUCGGCGGUGAGGUCUUCACCUCCAUGGUGGGGCUUCACUUAAUCCGCCCCAAGUAUAGGCCGUGGAGAAGUAACAGCAAAGUCACAUCUGUGAGUAGUAAUAGUAAUAGUCCCCGCCAUUCGAGGCAAUCGAGCUUUCAUGAUGACCAAAUCGAGUUGGACAUUAUGAGCAUAACCGAGGAGACCCCAAACCCAAACCACAAUGAAUCUCGGUUAGACAUCUUUUAUUCUUCUUCUUCUCCUAAGGAUUCGCGAGAGAUGAAGUACGAGUCCAUCAAAUUCCUAGGAACCAUAGCCGCAGGUUAUCUUUUGUGUGUCAACGUUGUGGGCACAAUUUUAGUUUUGUUGUACGUGAGAUUUGUGGAAAGUGCGCGUGAAGUGCUGAGACAAAAGGGGUUGAAGCUCUUCACAUUCUCAAUCUUCACGGUAGUCUCAACUUUUGCGAGCUGUGGGUUCGUGCCCACCAAUGAAAACAUGGUGGUUUUUAGCAAAAACUCUGGCCUUCUUUUGAUCCUAAUCCCCCAAAUCCUCUUGGGAAACACAUUAUACCCAGUAUUCUUGAGACUAUCCAUAUGGUUCUUUGCCAAGUUUUUCAAGAAACAAGAAGGCAGUUUCCUGUUAAAACAUUCUAGGGAGAUCGGCCACCUCCAUCUCCUCCCUGGGUUGCACUCCAAGUACUUGGUCGUCACGGUCCUAGGAUUCAUCCUCGUACAGUUCACACUGUUUUGCUCUUUGGAGUGGAACUCAUCGUCAUCAAGCCUGGGCGAAUUGAAUGGUUUUCAGAAGAUUGUGGGGUUUCUGUUUGAAGUUGUGAACGCGAGGCACACUGGGGAAACCAUUGUUGAUAUCUCGACCGUUGCGCCGGCCAUCUUGGUUUUGUUCGUCGUAAUGAUGUAUCUACCUCCAUAUACGUCAUUUAUACCAGUGAAAGGUGAAGAACAAUCUCAAGAGACUCAAAGAAAGAAGAAAGCAAGAAGAGUUGAUAAUAUCAUAUUUUCCCAGCUUUCAUAUUUGGUCAUCUUUAUUGUUCUUAUUUGUAUCACAGAAAGGGAAAGGAUGAAGGACGAUCCACUCAAUUUUAGUGUUCUUAGCAUCACUCUUGAAGUAAUAAGUGCUUAUGGAAACGUUGGUUUCACAAUGGGGUAUAGUUGUGCCCGAAUGCUGAAACCCGACUCAAAUUGCAAGGACAAACUGUAUGGAUUGGUAGGGAAGUGGAGUGAUGAGGGCAAAAUAGUCCUCAUUUUUGUUAUGCUUUUUGGAAGGCUCAAGAAGUUCAAUAUGAAAGGAGGAAAAGCAUGGAAGCUCAUGUAAUUAUUUUAAGCAAGAGUGGGUUGCUCUCCUCCCAACCUCUUUCCAAUAGUCAAAUGGCUAUUUUAGGGU